AUGAAGUUCCUGGAGUGUUCUGAAAUGGAUGUGUUCGCUCAGACACUUGCUACAGGAGCAAUCGACUGUGUUAUUGACUUCAAGUAAGUAUUGUUGUCAAAUGAAUGUCUUGAUUCAUCUCGAAUGCUUUCAGGUUGGAAACGUAUUCUUCAAAAAUGGUAACAAGCGAUAAAAAGCAAUGGAAAUCGAACGAUAAGUCUGUGAUAUGGUGCGAGCGGCAGCCCCUUGGAUCUCAUGAUGAAAUGGUGAUGAGUGCAUCUCCGAGUGUCGGCCACAAUCACCGUCUUCGUCAUCUUUCCGAGCGGUCAUGCUCUGGCGGUUCAGACAACGACGUGGAUGAUUGCCUGAUAAAGGAUUCAAUUUCUCGCAAACGCCUCUACGAUUUGACACAGGUUCUCAACAGCUCCUUCUCAGACCACGAUUUCAGUAAUGUCAGCAGCGAGUCAUUCGCCCUUGUCAAUUAUUCCGUUAGUAAUACUGCCCACUCAAAUUUUCUAUGCGAAAUUUGACAGGACAUGAGUCGUAUCGUCGAUAGGAAACUGGAAACUAUCGUCCGUGACUACCACAUCAGGCGCGAGGAACUCUGGGUAUUGAUAGACGAGUCGAUUUCUCCGAGCAACUGCGAGAUAUAUAGGUAAUCCGACUGCGUGCCGGGAAACGAGUUCCGUAUAACUUUUUCAGUUUUAAAUCGCAAUUCGAGGACGAUCCGUUCACGGAAGGCGGCUGCAUUUGGUCGCUCGCUUUCAUUUUCUACAACAAGAACAUGAAACGUUUCGUACUUCUCACGAUUCGUUGCCUGUCUAAGCAAGCAGACGUGGAAGAUUUUCCAAAUUUCAGCGAGGACGAAGAGGCUCCGCAGAAGUGAAGAGGAACAAGACAUAGACCGUUUAGAAAGUGUUAGGUAUUCUUGCCGGCAAGUACCCACAACUAGUAUCACACACGUUCUCUGCUUGUAAAUAGUUCAUCUUGUCCUUUAUUUUCGCACGAAUCCUUUACUUUCUAGCCUGUGUAUACUCUUUAAUCGCUCUCGAAAACGCAUUUUUUGCCGCCACUAGCUGAUUCAGAUUCUCAAUUGUAGUUAUAAAUUUUCUACAAAAAAACGCAUCAUAAUAAACAUUUUUUCAAACGUUGCAUUUUUCAUUCCGCCACACCUGGUUGCUUACCAUUCUGAAUAUCUUUUAAUCAUUGUUUGCUCUCUGUUCUUUUUUCCAAACUUAUUUAUUUUCAGAUGGCUAGCACUUCAAUGAUAGAAGACCGCGCGGAGAUCGAACGACGGCGGUUCGAGUACCUCGAUCAUCCCGCUGACAUUCAGCUGCAUUCGUGGGGAAAAGGCACGAAAGAGGCGUUCGAAGCGUGCCUAGUGUCCAUGUACGGCUACAUGACCGAUCUAGCCAAAGUUGAUGAGGUUUUUUUUUGAGUUCAAACGCAUGGGCACUGCAAAAUUUCCAGCAAUAUGAAUUCUACUGGAAAGCUACUGGAGAGAGUUUGGAUGGUCUUCUGUUCCAAUUUCUAGACGAAGCGCUCAACUCCUUUCAUGCCGAACCGUGUUUUGUGGCCAAACGGAUCGAGAUUCUACGAUUCGAUAGAGAGAAGUUCGAAGUGAGAUCGAAAAGUGAUGACCGAAACAAUUAUACGAUUUCAGAUUGAAUACAGAGGGUGGGGAGAGUCCUUUGACACUUCGAAGCAUGAGACGGAGGCGGAUAUAAAGUCUCCGACCUAUUCAAAUAUGCAAAUACUCGAAACGCCGGAACGAUGUGACGUCUACGUCAUUGUCGACAUCUAA